CUUGAUUGUUCCGGAGCCGCUGUUAGGCAAACAGAAUUCGUCCUCCCACAAGAAUAAGUCAGCAUUUCUCGCGGGGUGGAAUGAAGAAGAUCAAAGAGAAUCUUUAGGAACAGCAGCAUCACAUGGUGGGCAUUAGUCCAAAUACAGAAUUGGAGAUUGUUGCCAAAGAAAAGAAUUAUGAUUUCAUCAAUAGCGAGCCCAGACAAGGAAAUAACUCUGCAAAAGGCAGAUCAGCACAUUCUCUGCCAUUUACAGGUGUGGAGAUAUUUAUGGUAAAUACGUCGAUGGGGAUUCCUAAUUUUGGAGAGGAAGCAGAUCUACAAAGAAGGUCAAACAUGGGACACCUUUAUCAGAAGAACCCACUCUGUAUUUCAGAGAUGAACGUCUUCUCGGAGGAUCCAGAAUUUGCUGAUACAAUCUUGAGGGCAGAACAAGCGAUAGACUGUGGCGUUCUCCCAGAAAGAAUCUCUCAGGGUUCAAGUGGGAGUUAUUUUGUCAAGGAUCCCAAAGGGAAAAUUAUUGGUGUCUUUAAACCAAAAUCUGAAGAGCCUUAUGGACAUCUAAAUCCCAAAUGGACCAAAUAUUUUCACAAGCUCUGCUGUCCUUGCUGCUUUGGCAGAGGCUGCCUAGUGCCCAAUCAGGGAUACCUUUCUGAGGCUGGCGCCUAUCUUGUGGACGAAAAGCUCGCUCUGGGAGUUGUACCUAAAACAAAGGUCGUCUGGCUUGUGAGUGAGACUUUUAACUACAGUGCAAUAGAUCGUGCAAAAUCAAGAGGCAAAAAAUAUGCUCUAGAAAAAGUACCAAAAGUGGGCAAAAAAUUCCAUCGAAUAGGACUACCUCCCAAGGUGGGCUCCUUUCAGAUGUUUGUUGAUGGUUAUAAGGAAGCUGAUUAUUGGCUUAGGAAAUUCGAAGCUGAUCCUUUACCUGAAAAUAUUAGAAAACAAUUUCAGUCACAGUUUGAGAGAUUAGUUGCUUUGGAUUACAUCACCAGGAAUACAGACAGGGGAAACGAUAAUUGGUUAAUACGAUAUGAAAAGCAGAGUGAUGGGAUUGAAAGUUCCAGCGAGGAAAAAGAGUGGACUACUAAUAAAGAAUCGCUUAUUAAAAUUGCUGCAAUUGAUAAUGGUCUAGCAUUUCCUUUUAAACAUCCUGAUGAGUGGAGAGCAUAUCCUUUUCAUUGGGCUUGGCUUCCUCAAGCAAAAGUUUCUUUUUCUGAAGAAACUAGAGAAUUAAUUCUCCCACGUAUCUCUGAUAUGAACUUUGUCCAAGAUUUAUGUGAAGAUCUCUAUGAACUUUUUAAGACUGAUAAAGGAUUUGACAAGGCCACUUUUGAAAAUCAGAUGUCUGUAAUGAGAGGCCAGAUUUUAAACCUUACUCAAGCAUUGAAAGAUGGAAAGAGUCCUCUUCAGCUAGUACAAAUGCCUCGUGUGAUUGUGGAACGAAGUCAGAGUGGAAGUCAGGGCCGGAUUGUCCAUCUGAAUAAUUCAUUCACACAGACUGUGCAUUGUAGGAAGCCUUUCUUUUCUUCCUGGUAGCCAAUGUAAAAUGAACAACACUGGACUCUUGCCUUUUAUUAGGAAUGUUAUAUAAAAGAUUUUGCAAUAAUGGAAACCUUCUGUAGACAGCUCCAACUGCCAAAACCUCAGAUAACUUAAAUCUUUAGAAAGGUUGCAUUUUUAAUGUAAUCAAAAGUUUACAGUUUUUGUGUCCAAAAAUUGUGGAUUUUACGUCAGGGAAUAAGCAAGUGACCCAUUGUUUAUAUUGUAUUUUUAUAUAAUAAAUGUACUUUAUUGUGUUGAUACUACUUUAAAAGAAAAUUUUACAGUUUACAUAUGCUGGAAUGACUAUUCACUUUGGAAUUCAAGAAAGAAAAUUAUAUGUUUCACUAAGAGAACAUGAGUUUGUGAAAUUACUCUUUCUAUUGCCCUUGUAAAUGGAGGGAAUAUUCUUGUUAAAUUCUUCAGAUUCCAAAAUGCCUUAGGUUUAAAACUGACCCAUGCAAUAGCUAAUAGAAAAAUAAAUUAGAAUAGUUAUAGUGCUUUUUUUUUUUAAACUGCUGUUUAUGAAACUUGAAAACUGUACCUGAAGAAACCCAGUCUAUUUUAUACUAGGGACCAAAAAUAUAGUUAAUUUUGCAUUAAACUUGUCUUCCAUUUGUCUAUUUUUAAAUUAUUUUUGGAGAAUUCUUCAUGUUAUUAUUUUCUUUCUCUAACAUCAAAGAAGACUCGGUGUAAUAAAGGUGCAAAACUCAGUUUGAGUGUGAAAAUUGAGGGGUUAUAUUCAUUGACUAGUAUCAAAAUAAAUCUCUAGGUACUUAAGUUUUGAAGUAUUUAUCACUAAAUAUUCAUUUAUAUGUCUUGCCUUAGAAUCUAAGAAGCUGCUUUUAUUAAGAAUGAACUUUAAAAAUGAAAAGUUAUACCCUUAUAUAUAUAUAUA